AUGGAUUCCACAUUUUCACCCAAUUUGGUAAGAAUUUAUCCUGUUCAACGAUAAGAGCUUAUCAAAUACCGUGAAUAACAUUAGCGUGUUUUUUUACUGACUUUUGAAUUGUGCAUUUUGCGCCUGUGACUAUUACACGCCAAAAAUUAGAAACCGUUUGUAGAUAGGACAGACACGGCCUGACUACAUAUGUGAGCAACGUGCUAGCUAAGGUUAUGGAUCUCAUGACUAAAUAUGGCAAACUUCCAAUCUCCUGAUUCCGGUUUGCCUUUGCAGCCAUUCAUUUUUUGACAUGCUAGGAAUGCCAGUAUUUCUAAAUUGGAAACAAUGGUCUCUAGCAUACUGACCUGGGACUUGAUUUAAGCCGUGGUGUUGACUAGAGUGGGUUGACCUCAGACAGAAAACGGCUUUCUGCUAUCUGGCCUUGUUCUAUUUAUGACAGUAACAAAACCUUCAGGAAAGGAAGUGGCUGAUAUGAUUGUAAUUUACUGAAUAUUUGAGAUUUAUGCAGGGUCGGAAACUGAACUUAUAAUCAAUGACUGUACAUAAAAUAGUUUUAUUUUGACGCUUGUCAGGUUUCAAAAGCCAUUAUUUGCAACUGCCAGACAUUCGCUUUACAAUCGGACAUAGGAUAUGGGUUCCAAGAAAGUAGUUAAGUCCUCCCAUGGUAUUAAUAGAAAUUACCAUUACUGACUAUCUAUCAUCAAAUUUCCUAGUUUCGCGCCGCAAUGGAAAAUAAAAAACUUUAAUACUUUAAUAUCAGUAUAACCUAGAUAGUACCUUCACUUUUACGCAACCUGGUUUCACGAAAAAUGAAGAGGAUUUUAAAUAUCGGGAUCGUUAAGAUGGCUGGUCCUUGUUCUGAGACCUAUCACCUUUACCGCAGGAAGAAGUCCCAAAAUUUAAGUUGCCCGAGCACCAGCAAUGGGGGGAAAAUCCGUUUGCAGUAUAUAUAUAAGGGCGUGGAUUGGGUCUACUGUGAAACGACUAUAAGCUUCAGAGUUAUGAUUUUUGGCUGCAUCAGCAGUAUUUAUUUUUGUCCACUUACAUUGCUGAGAUAAUGUAAGUUGUUCCCCAAAUUUCCCACCAGGUUAUGUUUCUCAUGCAUCACGCAACUAACAGCCUUUUCGCCGACGGAUUUUUGGGUAGGUAUAGACAGUUUAGCCUAGUCAUGCUCCAAUUUGCUUUGUUUUUUUAAAAGACCAUCCUGUGGAUGGCAUGACCGGUAGCUCUCAGGUAGAGUCCCAGACAUUUAACGUUCAGCAGUUCUCAUGUCCGGAUGUUCUUCAAAAUCCAUGCAGCCCUCCAGCCCUCGCAUCAACUGUAAAACUCUAACUGCUUAUUCUAGUUAACCGUCGUCCGAACAUCCGAAAUCUGAAGAAGGACAUGCGAACUAGAAGGAACUUGCGCGUAAGUAAUUGUUUCGUUUGAAGUUAACACGUUUGAUCUGUCUUCCAUGGGGAACUGCUUCAAGAGUAACUUUUAUACACAUGGGUAGACGACUCAUGGGGAUGUUUAUCCAUUAUCAUACAAAAAUCGUUGCUUAUAGAAAAUCCUCCGCUUUAUUUUCGCAACUCCUUUGGUCUCAAACCUCAGUCUGGGAUUUAUAAAAUUUCAGUGCUCUUGUCUAUUAUGUUAUUAAGACACGUUUUUAAAACACGCCUAUAGUCACUGAAGGCGGUUUAUUUUACCGAUUUAGACUACUACAAUGCCACAGAGUCUCAGUGAGACCUCCGCCCAAAAAGACACUUAUUUAAGCAAUUCGAGAAUGGAAUCAAUUGCUGACCCAGGUGAGUUGGUUUUUCUGACUAGUCUUUCACAUUUAUCCUAUUCUUUUUUUAGAACAAACAUUUACGGGAGACGUUGAUAACGCCGAAGUCAGGUGUUGCGCUGAAGACGCAGUCGUGGAAGCACUGGCAAAUGUUUUAUCCGAACUGCCCUCCCACGUGUUUGAGUCCAUUGUUAAAUCCAGCUCCAUAACAUUUUUGCCAUUUGGGUAG